UGGGUUUGCGCGCGAACUGUAAGUGCCAGGGUAUUGGGGUCAGAUCGCUGCUGGUCGCGGUGCAGGCCUUUGCGGCAAGUGACGGCCCCAGCCGAUCCGGACCCGGACCCCUUCAUCGCCCCGCCAUGGAGACAGCAGCACACAAGCAGCAGCCCCAGCAGCCCGCGGCGGCCAAGAUCAGGAACCUGCCCUGGGUUGAAAAAUACCGUCCACAGACACUGAAUGAUCUCAUUUCUCAUCAGGACAUUUUGAGUACCAUUCAAAGAUUCAUCAGUGAAGAUCGACUGCCGCACUUGCUUCUCUAUGGUCCUCCAGGGACAGGAAAGACAUCCACCAUCCUAGCCUGUGCUAAACAGCUAUACAAAGAGAAAGAAUUUGGCUCCAUGGUCUUAGAGCUGAAUGCUUCAGAUGACCGAGGAAUAGAUAUUGUUCGGGGACCAAUCCUGAGCUUUGCUAGCACAAGGACUAUAUUUAAGAGAGGCUUUAAACUAGUGAUCCUGGAUGAAGCUGAUGCUAUGACCCAAGAUGCCCAGAAUGCCUUGCGGAGAGUGAUUGAGAAAUUUACUGAAAAUACCAGGUUUUGCCUCAUCUGUAACUACCUGUCAAAGAUCAUCCCUGCUUUGCAGUCUCGGUGUACAAGGUUCCGAUUCGGUCCCCUGACUCCUGAACUCAUGGUUCCCCGCCUAGAACAUGUCGUAGGAGAAGAGAAAGUUGACAUAAGUGAAGACGGGAUGAAAGCACUUGUAGCUCUUUCCAGCGGAGAUAUGCGAAGGGCUCUGAACAUCUUGCAGAGCACCAAUAUGGCCUUUGGGAAGGUGACAGAGGAGACUGUCUACACCUGCACAGGGCACCCACUCAAGUCCGACAUUGCCAACAUUCUGGACUGGAUGUUGAAUCAAGACUUCACCACAGCCUACAGAAAUAUUAUGGAAUUGAAAACUCUAAAGGGGUUGGCACUGCAUGAUAUCCUGACAGAGAUACACCUGUUUGUGCACAGAGUUGACUUUCCAUCUUCAGUUCGAAUACAUUUAUUAACCAAAAUGGCAGACAUCGAGUACAGACUUUCUGUUGGCACCAAUGAGAAGAUUCAGCUGAGUUCCCUCAUUGCUGCUUUUCAAGUCACCAGAGACCUGAUUGUCACGGAGGCCUAGAUGCCAAGGACCACUCACUGGUCCUCAGACCCCACAAUGACUGGAGAACAGGGGACUCAGUCACAGUCAUCCUCAGUCUCCUGAAACUCGUAAAUGUUUGAAAAGUAGUUUGUAGCAGGAAUGUACACAACCAUUCUAAUGUACAACUCUCUUACUGCACUAUACCCAUUGUUUUAGAGGGGGGAAACACAGGCAGAAAUUCUUUUUUUCAGCCUUAAGGUUUUCCCUUUCAGUUGCUUAGGUACCAGGAAGUUGGCCUAUCCCAUUUUGGUCUGGAAGAGAAGGCUUCUAGAUCUAAUACCGUCCAAAUGUCUUCCGCCUUAGGGUAAACCAAACAUCUCCGAAAUUAGAAAUCUCCAAAGUUUAGAAAACUAGUUUGUGGCACCAUCUCUGAAUCUACUUUAAAUAGGUGUUAAUGGAUUUCUGGCCUAAACUAUUAUACUCUUAUAAAAACUGGCCUUUUUAUUUCUCCUUUUGAAGUCCAAGGAUUACUAGCAGGUUCCUGAUUGUGGUGUGAACAGAGAGCACUUUCACUUUCGCUUAUGCCCCCAGGGGCCAGAUGUGGUGCCACACUCCUUUGGGGCAGGAAGGGCAGGUUAGUAGGGUAAGGCUGAGUGACCUGCCAGCUGCUGAAAGGGUCAGGCCUUCAGUACCAACAUAGCCGAGCGUUUAUUUCACAGUGAUUCUGCUGCAUGUGUGAUAGCACUCUUCACCAUAAAAAUAAACUAGCUUGCUGGUG